GUUCUCAUUCUGGGAAAUGAAAGUGAAAGCUAAACUGUCCUCCUCCUGCAGAUGCCGGGGUUUGGACCUUUUCAUUGGUCAGCAUAGAUCCCAUGCUAAUAAGGGGGCAGUUCCAACACGUAGAAAGUUCUACCUUUCUUUCCGGACUCCCAACCAGGCUCCACUGCAUCCGUCUGGAUGGCACCCACUUUUUACUGCCAUCCCCCUGUGCCCAUGGAUGAGUACCCCAAGAAGCUGGGGGACCGAAAGCUGCCAGUGCGGGAGGGGAUUGUGGGGAUCCUGCUGGGCCUCCUGGUGGUCGGUCUGUCUGUGGCAGUAGGCGUUUUGGCUGCCAAGGCCAAUAGCCCAGCUUGCAAGGAUGGCCUCCGGGCUGAUUUCACGGCAUACCAUGUGCAUAAGCAAUCCAGGAGAAGCGUGCUACACUUACAACCCAAUGUUCAGCUAUUUCAAGUCAGAAAGAAAAUUCUAUCCUGUCAAAGGGGCAAUGCUGCCACUUGCAACCAGACUGUGGAGACCCUGAAGAUUUCCCUGGAAAAGCAACAGGAGCUCUUCCUACAGAAGCUUCAAGAGGAGAUCAAGACAUUGAAUCAGUCGCUGAAGGAGAAAUCCGCGGAGCUGGAGGAGAAAUCCACGGAGCUGGAGAAGAAAUCGGAGGAGCUGGAGCAACUAAGAAAAGAGAAUGAGGCCUUGGUCUCUGCCAAGGGUCCCCCCAACUCCGGAAUCACCCUCAGUUUCUCCGUGGUCGCUGUGCUCCUGCCCAUGAGCCUCCUGGCUCUGCUGGCCUGAGGUCCCAGGAAGCCUGCAGGCACAUUCUAACCUGGCUGAGAGCUGUUUGCCCAAGGACAUGGGGAUUAACCUCAGAAUGCAGUCCAGGCUCCUUUUCUGAGAGUUUCCUGUCGUCUUGGAAAGAUAACAACCUGGUCCCAGAUUGUUUAGCAAUCUAUCCUAAUAAAUGUUCAUAAAAUUCAA